AUGAUGGGGCUCCAUCGAUUACAUACAGCCCACAUGGAAGCCAAACAUGAGAUGAGAGUGGACAGCCAAACGAGAACCUCAUCAAACUUUCCCCCGUCGGCCAGCAGUUCGCGGAAUUUUUGCCAUGGGACCAAAGGCAGAGAGGAGAGGCUGUGGCCAGGGGAAUUUGCUGCACAGGACCGUUUUCGUUAUCUCGAAUAG